AAAUGUUAAUCAAAUAAAAAAAGGAAAAAAAGAAUUGCACGAAGAAGAAACGUUGCUCUCUCUCUCUCUCUCUCUCUCUGCUUCCGAAAAAAAGGCUUCACAGAGAACAAAGCGAGGGUUUUGUGAAGUGAGAUAAAAGAAGAAAACGAAGCUUUUUGGAAAGAGAAAGCUAAGAAUUCAGUCACUGAAGAGAGAAUUUCUCCAGAGACUGAAAGUUCUUGAUUCAGAUAAUCACGCGGACACUGGAGUCUUCUCUGUUUCAGCUGUAUCUCCGCUAGGGUUUCAUUUCAUUUCAGUGUAUUAAUUUAUCAAGGUUAGCCUGUAAUUAUAUUGUUCAGAAAGUUAACUGUUUCUAUGGAAAAGAAAAGAUCAGUAUACCACAAGGACUUAUUUUAUACUUGGAGGUGUGAAAUGUGAAACACUAUGACUCUUGAAGAUUUCUUUACACUGACGGAGAUGAAGGAUGGGCUCACAGCCCCUUCUCGAGUGCAUGAGCUGGUUGCUGUAAUGCAGAAAGAGAAAGAUUGUAUUGUGAAGAAUGUUGGUGAUGCAACCAGGCAUUGGGCUGCUGUUGCAAGCACUAUUGCUGCUACCGAGAAUAAAGAUUGUCUUGAUCUUUUUAUUCAAUUAGAUGGACUCUGGUUUAUAGAUAGAUGGUUAAAGGAUGCUCAAAAGUUUGGUAAUGACACAGCUGAUGGUUUUGUAGAAGAGUCUAUUACUGCACUUCUAAAAGCACUGGAGAAACUGCAAGUAGACAAGGAGAGUUCCGUUUCUUCUGGGAUUUGGAUUACCAUCAACAAUCUUCUUGACCAUAGUAGCUCUCGUGUUCAGGAAGGAGCAAGGGCACUGUUUGAUAGCUGGAAGCAAGGUAGGGUUAGUGAUACAAUUCAUCAUGAUGUUCAGAGUGCAGGGGCAGUUUGUGAUGCCAUUGUGCUCGCCAAUGAGAACAAUAAAGCACAAAAUGCUGCUGUAGAUGUUACUCUUUUCAAAGGAAAUGCUGAUGUAGAAAAUAAUGCAGCCAGGGAUGGAGAUUUACAUUCAAAAAUUCCGAAUUGUCAUCCUUCAGAAAAGGAUGAAGAUGUACCUCUUACUACAUCUUUAAUGUCAAACUCUGUUGAAGAGAGUCCUCAAUUGAAUGAAAAGUCCCCAAGGGGUGAUGUUGAAGGAACUGCUUUAACGGAGACUCAUAGUGUUCCCAUUCCCAAGGGACAAAAGAAUGAGCCAGAGUUGGAUGCUUCAAGGAAGCUUGUCAGUUUCUCUGACAAAGGUAUAGCAGCUUCUCUCUCCGGUAAGGUGGGACCUGGAGCUAGUUCUCCUAAUGUUGAUGUUGCCAUUGCUAAAGAGAUAUUGGCAGAACCUGCAUAUGAAAACAAUGUUGAUGCCAAAGAGGCUGAAUCUGGUCAAAACAGUACUGCAUUUGGUGAUGCAGGAAUAUCUGUAUCUCCAUCGAAAGCUGGGACAGAUGAUGUGGGAUUUAUAGAUCAUAGUAAUGCGCAUAAUUCUAUGGUUAAAGAUGAUGGUUCUCCUGACAGUCUGCAGGACUCAUCUGACAGUGACAAGAGAUUGGAGAAAACUGAGUAUAUUGGGACUCCUUUUUCAAGAACUGCAGAAAUUGGAGCAAUGGAUGAUGAUCAACAGCAUAGCAGUGAUGGAGCUGAAGAUUUAAGAAACGAUUCCCAGUUCUCUAAACCAAAGAUGGAUACCCAGGGCCCUGGUCCAAUUGACAGGAGGAGAUCUGAUGUUGAGCUUGAAUAUGGGAUUGUUGAUGCUCUAGAAGUUGCUAGGCAAGUUGCUCAAGAAGUGGAGAGAGAGGUGGUAGGAUUCAGAGAACCAUCUUGCAGCUCAUCUUCGGAGAAAACCAGGGAAAGAAGUGUUGGGGAGCCAGGUACUCCAGAUUCUGUAAAUGUGAAGCUGGACCCACAUUUCCCUAUAGAAGACAUUCCAACUGGACAAAAUCAGUCUUCUGAAGCAUAUCAUGGGGAAGAAGGGCGCUUAAUUAAUUCCAACAAUGUGGAAAAUGAAGCAGAAAAUGGCACGCAUGAGUUGGAGUCCUCACAGGUGACCGAAGUGGCUCCAGAACCUGAAGUUAAUACAGAGAAAGGAUUAUGCGACUUUGAUCUGAAUGAAGAAGUCUGUUCUGAUGAUAUGGAUCGUCCAUUGAAUCCCAUCUCUACUCCAAUUUCAGUUGUUUCAGCUUCAAGGCCAGCAGCAGCUUCUGGAUCUCCUUCGGCACCUUUGCAGUUUGAGGGCAUUCUUGGAUGGAAAGGGUCAGCAGCUACUAGUGCUUUUCGACCUGCUUCACCACGCAAGAUUUCUGAUGGCGAUAAGAAUCUUGAGACUGGGAGAAUCAGCAGAAGUUCAAGACAGAGACAGGACAGCCUUGAUAUUGAUCUCAAUGUAGCUGAGGAUGGAGAUGAGAAGGUGAUGGACUUAAUCUCAGGAAGACCCAUUCCAGUCUCAUCUGGUAUGCAUUCUGGGGAAUCUUCACUAGAAGUGGGCCCAAGAAGAUCAGGAAGACCCAACCUGGAUUUAAAUCGCAUCAGUGAUGAUGGUGAUGCUCCACCACCAGGUUUGAGGAUGGAAGGACAGCUGUUUCACCCCCGGAAUGGCCAUCGCAGCCCAUCUCCUGCUUCUUCAUCAUCAUCUAUGCAGCCUUCACUGAGGAACUUUGAUUUGAAUGAUAGGCCUCUUUUUCACAAUGAUUCGUCAGACCAAGGGCUCUAUCUUCGCAACCAAAGUGCAAGCGCUUUUGGAGGUUCUAAAUCAGGUGAUCCAGUUAUUUCUAUCAUGGGCACUAGAGUUGAAGUGGGUAGUAGAACGGACGCCGUUAGAAAGGAUUUUGCUCCUCAAAAUCCGUCCUUGCCAAAUGGCAAGCCACUGGAUCAUGCACUGGAUGCAAAUGUGGCAAGAAUGGGAGGCGUUCUCAGGAUUCCAACUGUGUCAUAUGGACAUUCUCCUGUUCUUGGGUACAAUGGGCUGACAACAGCACCAACCAUGUCCAUCUCCUCAGCUGUAUAUGGAUCUGGUGCCCCAGUUCCCUACAUGGUCGAUUCAAGAGGAGCUCCUGUGGUACCUCAAAUUCUGGGUUCUACAUCUGUUGUUCCUCCGGCUUACUCCCAACCCUCAUUCAUGAUGAGUAUGACCAAUGCACCCCUAAGUUUAAAUGGUGCAGGUCCCUCGCGGCUUAACUUUGAUCUGAAUUCUGGUUUUGCAAUUGAAGGAGGUCCUGGGGGUUUGAGGCAACUUUUCAUGACGGGUCAAGGCAGGUCAAUGGAAGAGCAUUUGAGGACCAACGUUCAACCCUCCUCGAGCUCUGUAGUGGGUGGGAAAAGAAGGGAACCGGACGGUGGUUGGGAGCCUUACUCUUUGCAAUAUAAACAUCCGCAGCCUCCAUGGAGAUGAGACCAGAGUUGUUGCUCUUCCAGUGCAAGUUCAUGAAUCCAAUCGCACUGAUCGAGGGAUUGCAAUUGCAAAGAUAAUUCUAGAGAGUAUCAAAAAGCUCAUUGGCUUCAGCGAGGGGGAGUUGGAACUGAAUAAAAAUGGGGAAUUAUGAAUGUAAUAUGAUUCAUGAGAUUAAUUGCUGAAGAAAAAAUUUAGGUUUUAUUUUGUUUAGUUCCCUAUUUGCUUCUUGUCUCAUAGAUCAUCGCAGUCAUAGAAAGCUUGGUACAUGUAGCUGUAAUGUCUUUUUUUUUUUUUAUAAUUUGUUUUUUUCCUCUUACACAGCACAUAAAUUUAAAGGAACAUGUUGCCUCUUCGGUGUAGUUUUUGCAACAUUUCUUGAAUGGAAGAUGGUCGACCAAUUUUGAUCGCCGAUUUUUUCUGUUCUCA